AUGCCACCUGUGUGGGGUGCAAGAGAGAAGGCACAGCACAGUGCCAGCCAAAGCUGGUAUCCAGGCCAGUCAGCUGCUUCUGCAUCUCCAUCACCAUCCAAGCAUCGAGCAAAAAUGGAUGACAUCGUGGUGGUAGCCCCAGGAACGCAAUCCUCUCGAAAUGUCAGCAAUGACCCAGAUGUCAUAAAGCUGCAGGAAAUUCCAACUUUCCAGCCCCUUUUGAAAGGACUCCUCAGUGGGCAGACAUCUCCAACCAACACCAAACUGGAAAAGCUGGACCCCCAGCAAGUGCUGCAGCUGUGUCUCCGCUACCAAGAUCAUCUUCACCAGUGUGCAGAAGCAGUUGCCUUUGAUCAGAAUGCUCUCGUGAAGCGAAUCAAGGAGAUGGACCUCUCAGUGGAAACUCUUUACAGCUUCAUGCAGGAGCGCCAGAAGAAGUAUGCCAAGUAUGCAGAGCAGAUCCAGAAGGUCAACGAGAUGUCUGCCAUCCUGCGCCGCAUCCAGAUGGGCAUCGACCAGACGGUCCCGCUGAUGGAGCGGCUGAACAACAUGCUGCCCGAGGGCGAGAGGCUGGAGCCCUUCAGCAUGAAACCCGACCGGGAGCUGAAGUCGUAG